AUGUUGUCGAGCUUGACGAAAAGGUUCAGUGAACGGCACACUCUCAGUGAAGUCAUCUCAAGCUCACCACCACCACCAGAAGCUCACCACUAUGUUUAUCACAAUCAUGGAUGCAGCAGCGAGGAAGAGACAAUGUACUCUGCAGAAACAGCUGAGAGCCGAAACUAUCCAACUCCACCAGCGAAAUGCCAUCACGAGAGAGUUGGAAGGAGCCAAAGCUGUGUGAUCACAAGCGGUAGAUGGGGAACACCUCAGAAGAGUUUGAGUGGGAGGAGAGCAAUGCUGGAGAAACAGAGAAGCUUUGUACAUGGAUAUGGACUCCACCUACCUCAUGGCUGAGUUCUUCAGAAAACUUCACCUUGGGAAAUGCCACACCAAAAACCCGAGAAAUGCUACACCAUAAAACGAAUGGCGGUAAUCACGUCAGAAAGAUUGGUAUGUGUCUCUGCCUUCCCUUACUACAAGUGAGAGAUAUCAAAUGUGACUUGCCUAUGAAUUGAUUAUCUCAAGAUCCAACGUAAGUACAUACAUAAACAUGCUAUGUAUUUCAUUGAGAAACUCUAUUCCAAAGCUGUUGUUAACUGCCAAGUUAGAGAAG